ACAGUCAAGCCUAAGAAAGGCUGGCAGGUGUACAGCUCGGCCCAGGAUACAGAGGGGAGGUGUAUCUGUACAGUGGUGGCUCCUGAACAGAACCUCUGCUCCAGAGACGCCAAGGAGGGACAGCUCCGUCAGCUACUAGAGAAGGUCCAGAACAUGUCCCAGUCAAUCGAGGUGCUGAACCUGCGGACUCAGAGAGACUUCCAGUACAUCAUGAGGAUGGAAGGCCGGUUCAAAGAGCUAAGGUCAAAGUUCAGACAGAUAGAGACCAAGAGGAAGACAAAGGUCAACAGAAACUUCCAGGAGUUGAAGGGUAAGAUGGAUGCCCUACAGCCUCUGAUCCCUGUGUUGGAGCAGUACAAGACUGAUGCCCAGCUCAUCGUCCAGUUUAAACAGGAGAUCAGGAACCUGUCCACGGUGCUCACAGCCAUCCAGGAGGAGAUCGGAGUCUACGACUACGAGGAACUACAACAGAGGGUCUUGAAUCUGGAGAGCAGGCUACGCAACUGCAUGGGCAAACUCACAUGUGGUAAACUGAUGAAGAUCACUGGACCUGUGACGGUGAAGACCUCUGGUUCACGGUUUGGAGCUUGGAUGACUGAUCCACAGGCCUCCCCUAGAAACAACCGGGUCUGGUACAUGGAUAACUACACUAACAACAAGAUCGUCAAAGAGUACAAGUCCAUAGCAGACUUUGUUUCCGGGGCCGAGUCUCGGACCUACAACCUGCCGUUCAAGUGGGCCGGGACCGACCACGUGGUGUACAAUGGCUCUCUGUACUACAACAAGGCCCAGAGCAACAUCGUGGUGUGUUAUCGCUUCGAGACGGGCCGCGUUGUGACCCAGAGAGCCCUGGAGAAGGCCGGUUUCCACAACGUCUACCCUUACACCUGGGGAGGCUACUCCGACAUAGACCUCAUGGCCGACGAGCUGGGCCUGUGGGCCGUCUACGCCACCAAUCAGAACGCAGGAAACAUCGUCAUCAGCCAGCUCAACCCCGACACGCUACAGGUCCUCGGAACCUGGAACACGGAAUAUUCCAAACGGAACGCGGGGGAGUCCUUUAUGAUCUGCGGAACACUCUACAUCACUAACUCUCACCUGACUGGCGCUAAGGUCUACUACUCGUACUCCACCAAGACCUCCAGCUAUGAGUACACAGACAUCCCCUUCCAUAACCAGUACUUCCACAUGUCCAUGUUGGACUACAACGCCAGGGACCGGGCUCUGUACGGCUGGAACAAUGGACACCAGGUUCUGUUCAACGUCACGUUGUUCCAUAUCAUCAAGACAGAGGACGAUUCCUGAGGAGGAAGAACCUCAGGGGAACUCAGAGGAUUCCACUGGAACACUGACUAACAUUCCUGGUGUUCCGGUGUUCCGUCAGUCAUUGUGGAAGUUCUAUCUAAUUGGUAUUUUUUGCUCUCUUCUUUUGACAAUCCAUCUUCGGAUCUAUUGGCUUCCCUUUCAAAUUCCUAAUGCAAGAAUUACUAAAGAUGUUGGCCUCCGAACUCUGAACUGUCUCCCAAUGUCAUGACAGAGUCAUGUUAUUCUCUGGUAGUCCUACCUAGCAACCCCGAUGUUAAAUAAUCUGUCCCUCUAACGAUGACAUCAUGCCCUGACAUUCUUCCUCUUGGGUUUUUUAAAUUCAUUUUCCUCUCUUUUGACACAAGCCUUUAUUUUCACUGUAUCCCUUUCCUUUCAGCUACUCUACACUGGACUCUAUGAGACAUUGGCUGGGCUUGGGUAACAUGCCUCUGAUUGGCUGGGCUUGGGUAACAUGCCUCUGAUUGGCUGGGCUUGGGUAACAUGCCUCUGAUUGGCUGGGCUUGGGUAACAUGCCUCUGAUUGGCUGGGCUUGGGUAACAUGCCUCUGAUUGGCUGGGCUUGGGUAACAUGCCUCUGAUUGGCUGGGCUUGGGUAACAUGCCUCUGAUUGGCUGGGCUUGGGUAACAUGCCUCUGAUUGGCUGGGCUUGGGUAACAUGCCUCUGAUUGGCUGGGCUUGGGUAACAUGCCUCUGAUUGGCUGGGCUGGGUAACAUGCCUCUGAUUGGCUGUGCUUGGGUAACAUACCUCUGAUUGGGUGGGCUUGGAUAACAUGCCUCUGACUGGCUGGGCUUGGGUAACAUGCCUCUGAUUGGCUGGGUUUGGGUAACAUACCUCUGAUUGGGUGGGCUUGGGUAACAUACCUCUGAUUGGGUGGGCUUGGAUAACAUGCCUCUGAUUGGCUGGGCUUGGGUAACAUGCCUCUGAUUGGCUGGGUUUAGGUAACAUACCUCUGAUUGGAUGGGUUUAGGUAACAUACCUCUGAUUGGAUGGGUUUAGGUAACAUACCUCUGAUUGGAUGGGCUUGGGUAACUUAGCUUUUUUACGCAUUGCAACAGUAUCAAUAGGAGUAUUAUGCCUUAUUCCGUGCAGGCUGUCCUGUAAGUCCAUAGGAUAACAGGAGUCCAUCCUGUCCUGCAUGAAUGUCUAUGAUAGCAUGUCUAGCUCUCUGUGGCUUACAUCCCAAAUGGCACCCUAGGCCCUAAAGGGCUCUGGUCAAAAGUAGCACACUGUAUAGGGAAUAGGAUGCCAUUUUGGAUGGCUGUCCUGAUAGCAUCUAUAACUCUGUCUGUGGACUCGCUCGGCAACCAUCUCUCUUUUCUCACUGUAACACAAUUCAUGAUUUUUUGUCUGAUUAAACUGUAUAUGGAUGGACAGGAAAAUACACAUUUAUAUACAUAAUUAGUGUUACAUUAUGUAAAUAAAGUUAUUAUUGUUUUUGAUUAA